AGUACUGUCUGAUAACAUUGUGUGGUAAGGAUUGGUGCAAGCAUCUCGCAAGCAACUUCCUGUCUUUCAGUUUGAUACUCAUCAAUUCUUCUUCUCCUUUGUCCGCAUGACUCCAUUUUCUCUACUCUGUUCUACACAUCUCUCACUGUCUCUUCCCCUGGAGUAACAGAACCACGUGCAUGCAUCAUGGCUUCACCAAUCCUUAAAUUCCCAUUUCUUUCUCACACCACUUCCCUCUCGAAGCCUCUCGCCCUUUAUCCCCUCUCCCUCACUCCUAAACCAAGAAAAGCCUCGAGGCCAAUACAUGUAAAGCAGCAGCAGCAGCAGCAAGGGUCUAUUAAGUGCCAUGCAGUUACAGAUCUUACAAGUGGUAAUACUGUACCUUCAUCAAUUGAGGAUCAGAGUAAAGGAGAGGAUAAUGAUGAUCACUUAGUGCUUGUGGGUCCUUCUAGUGAGGAGGAAAGGAGAGGAGAAAGAGAGGUGGCAGACUAUGAUUGGACAGAAGAGUGGUACCCACUUUAUCUUACCAAGGAUGUACCAGAUGAUGCUCCGUUAGGCCUAACUGUGUUUGAUAAGCAGGUAGUGUUGUAUAAAGAUGGACAGGGUGAACUUCGCUGUUUUGAAGAUAGAUGUCCCCACAGGUUAGCUAAACUAUCAGAAGGUCAGUUGAUAGAUGGAAGACUCGAAUGCCUAUAUCAUGGUUGGCAAUUUGAGGGGGAGGGCAACUGUGUCAAGAUACCUCAGCUUCCUGCAAAUGCUAAAAUUCCUCAGUCAGCUUGUGUCAAAACCUAUGAGGUGAGGGAAUCCCAAGGAGUGGUGUGGGUGUGGAUGUCCUUGAAAUCACAACCAAACAUAAAUAAACUACCCUGGUUCGAGAACUUUGCCAGGCCAGGUUUCAAAGAUUCUUCCGCUGUCCAUGAGCUUCCCUACGAUCACUCCAUACUUCUUGAAAACCUGAUGGAUCCAGCACAUAUUCCAAUCUCACACGAUAGGACAGACCUGUCAGCAAAAAGGGAAAAUGCCCAGCCACUACGUUUUGAGGUGACUGAACGUACUGACCGGGGAUUUGCAGGCUGGUGGGGAGGGGGAGAUGCUCAAACAUUGCCAAACUUCUUACGGUUUGAAGCCCCUUGUGUCCUAUCCAAUAACCGAGAAUUCAUUGAUAAGAAGGGGGUGAAACAGUACUUCUCUGGCCUCUUCCUAUGCAGACCAGCUGGACAAGGAAAAUCCAUGCUUAUUGUGAGAUUUGGAGGAACAGCGAUGCCUCAAAUAGCAAAUUGGAUCCCCGAAUGGUUCUUUCAUCAGAGGGGAUGCACAGUCUUCGAGCAAGAUAUGGGAUUUCUGUCAUCCCAGAACGAAGUUUUAAUGAAAGAAAAGGUCCCAACAAAGAAAUUGUAUCUCAAUUUAAGGUCUUCAGAUACAUGGGUAGCAGAAUACAGGAAAUGGAUGGACAAAACUGGACAUGGAAUGCCUUACCAUUUCGGGCACAACACCAUUUCCUUACCUGAAUUACCAGCUGUUGUAGAACAUGCACCCGCUGGUCUUGUUGCUGGCGUUUCAGCUUCUUUCCCAGCUAAGGGUGGCACUGGGACGAUGCAUGCUCCCAAUUUGGCCAAUCGAUAUUUUCGCCAUGUUAUUCAUUGCAAAGGAUGCAGUGGUGCUCUCAAAGCUUUCAAUAGUUGGAAAAGAGCUCUUUCUGCCAUAUCUCUUGCAUUGACUGCAUUAGCUAUUCUAGUGUCUGGAAGGCAGUGGAAAGCUGCCCUCUUAGUUUCAACAAGCUUAUGCUUGGCCGGAGUUUUCGCAUGCUCAACUCUUAUCAAAAUGAGCACAACAAACUUCAUAAGAACACAUAGGAGAUUCUGAGCCAGCAAACUGUAAUCAUCUAGUAUGUUUCUGUAGUUUUAGCACAGGAAGAUUAUAGAACUACAUUUACAACCUUGAAUAGUUCUAUUUAGUAAAUUAUAGGUGUUUUGCCCUGUUUUCUAGUCAUUAAGUUACUGUAUUUUCACCUUUUUUGCUCGUUUUUCUAAAACUCAAGUACAUUCAGUGCAUA